AUGGCAGGAUAUUCGAAAAUCGCCAUGGGUUCAGCCGCAACACUAUCAACACUGUUCCUGUCGACGUUGUUGGUAGGCGCAGGAGCGCAGCAGGAAAUCCCCAAUCUCAACGCUACGGCCGUGAGGUGGCCGUUUAGCGGUGCUUGGGAAGGCAACGAUGGCGCGUGGGCAACUUUCUUUAUGCACAUUGGUACUCCGUCGCAAAUCGUCCGCGUGCUGCCUGCCACAGGCUGGCAAGAGACUUGGGUAGUGGACGCAGAAGCCUGCCGUAAUAUACCAGCAGAGCAAUGUGCCGACUUGCGCGGUAAAACUUUUAACGUUAACUCUUCGAGUACUUGGAACGACCAAGGUCUCUUCAAAACAGAUCUAGCCAAGGACUUGGGAAAUAAUGCGAUCGGAAACUAUGGUUUGGAGCGUUUGGGGAUAACGAACGUGGAUAGCGGUAUCACGUUCAACGACCAAGUUGUAGUCGCUGUGGAUAGCAAGGACUGGUUUCUCGGAGUCUUCGGAUUGGGAACCCAACCAACGAAUUUCACGGAUUUUAAUAACCCACAGCCCAGCUUCCUCACAACGAUGUACAAUCAAGGGUUGAUUCCAAGUUUGAGCUGGGGGUACCAAGCCGGGGCCAUUUACAGAGGUAAAACGGCGUCUGCCUCUUUAGUCUUCGGUGGCUACGACGAAUCACUUUACAUUGAUAACGAAAUGAUUUUCACGCAAUCUAACGAAUACACCAAUCCUUUCCUCGUCGCCCUUUCCUCUCUCACGGUUUCCGGAAUUUAUAAUAAUGGCCAACAGGGCACAGCUGAGCUACUCGAUUCCGAUUGGCGUCGCACAACCGACAGCCAACUUAUUUCUAUCGAUUCUGCUACUUCCUAUAUUUGGUUGCCAAACGAUACCUGUCGAGUUUUCGAGUCUGCACUGAAUCUUACAUGGAAUGAGGACGUUAGCCUUUACAUCCUGACCGAAGAAGCCCACGACCAAUUGCUUGAUCUCAACCCGACGUUCGUAUUCACUAUUUCAGAUAGUGCACAAAACGAGACAACUAUGGAGAUUGAAUUGCCAUACAAUGCUUUCUCUCUAGAAGCUGUUGGUACUGAAAUUCUCGGCGCCGAGGGCAAGGCGUGGUAUUUCCCUCUAAAGAGACUACCUGAUGGCGGAAACCCAAGGUUGGGCAGGGUGUUUAUGCAGGAAAUUUAUUUAUUUGCAGAAUAUCAUUUCGGGACGUUCAGGAUCUUCCAGGCGGACUGGAGUAACCGCGAACAGAACAUUGUUACACAUCUUCCAGUCAGGCUUGUGGCUGGGGGGGAUGAUGACGACUCGACGCCAAUUGGACCCAUCGUCGGAGGAGUUGUCGGAGGAGUCGCUGUUAUCGGGGCCAUCGCUGCAUUUUGGUUCUUCCGAAGAAGAAAGCAGCAGAAGGCAAUUGCAGGUGCAGUGGGCGGAGAUCUCCCUAGCGACGAUAAGAAACAAUCGAAUUCGCCACAUGUGCCCGAAGUCGACGGCUCCACUACAAUGCCAAAUGAACUUGGAGGAGAAAGUGUGGCUGGGGCAUGGGGUCAAAAGACCGGCUGGCAUGACCAGGGUGGUCAGGGGGCAUAUAACCAAAAUACUACCGCCGCUGCUGGGGGUGUUUAUGAAGUCCCUGCAACCGAGAAGCAAUGGAAUGAGGCCGAUGGGACACCGGUGCUUCGACCUCACGGAGAGAAGUUCCAACAGCGAAGACCCGAGAAUGCUGAAGCUAGGUUCUAUGCGGAACUAGAUGGAGGCGAUGUGAUUACCCCUAUGUCUGGGGUAUCGGCCGUGAGCCCGAACUCAGCGGCUACACCUGCGCAAGAGUUACCCACUGGAGAGACAAGACGGGAUGGAAGCUGA